CCCAGGAUGACAGCUGGAGAAUGGAGUCAGUUAUGUCCAAGUAUGAAAACCAGAUUAUUAUUUUCCCUGACUACCUGGAAGAAUUCCCGGAUACAGAUGAGUUGGUGUGGAUUCUGGGGAAGCAGCAUCUCCUUAAGACAGAAAAAUCUAAGCUGUUGUCUGAUAUAAGUGCUCGUCUAUGGUUUACAUACAGAAGGAAAUUUUCCCCGAUUGGGGGAACAGGCCCUUCAUCUGAUGCUGGAUGGGGAUGUAUGCUGCGCUGUGGGCAGAUGAUGCUGGCUCAAGCCCUCAUCUGCAGCCACUUGGGAAGGGAUUGGAACUCGGAGAGACAAAAAGAACAACCCAAAGAAUACCAAAGGAUACUGCAGUGUUUCCUAGAUAGAAAAGACUGUUGCUAUUCAAUCCAUCAGAUGGCACAGAUGGGUGUAGGAGAAGGGAAAUCAAUUGGCGAAUGGUUUGGACCAAACACAGUUGCACAGGUGAUAAAAAAACUCGCUUUAUUUGAUGAAUGGAAUUCCUUGGCUGUUUAUGUCUCCAUGGAUAACACAGUGGUCAUUGAAGAUAUCAAGAAAAUGUGCUGUGUUCUUCCUGUGGGUGCUGCUGACACAGCUGGUGAUUUUCUGACUGCAUCCAAUCAGAGUAAAGGCACCUCUGUCCCAUGCUCAGCCUGGAAACCCCUGCUGCUCAUUGUGCCCCUUCGCCUGGGCAUAAACCAAAUCAAUCCUGUGUAUGUUGAAGCAUUCAAAGAGUGUUUUAAGAUGCCACAGUCUUUAGGGGCUUUAGGAGGAAAGCCAAAUAACGCCUAUUAUUUCAUAGGAUUCUUAGGAGAUGAGUUCAUUUUUUUGGACCCUCACACAACCCAGACUUUUGUUGACAUUGAAGAGAGUGGACUAGUAGACGACCAGACUUUUCAUUGCCUGCAGUCUCCACAGCGGAUGAGUAUCCUGAACUUGGAUCCUUCUGUGGCCUUGGGAUUUUUCUGCAAAGAAGAGAAAGACUUUGAUAAUUGGUGUAGCCUUGUUCAGAAGGAAAUUCUAAAGGAGAAUUUGAGGAUGUUUGAAUUGGUUCAGAAGCACCCAUCACACUGGCCUCCCUUUGUACCUCCAGCCAAGCCAGAAGUGACAACCACAGGGGCAGAAUUCAUAGACUCUACUGAACAACUGGAGGACUUUGACUUGGAGGAAGAUUUUGAAAUUCUGAGUGNAGGCUAGUGAGAACCCAAUGAGGUGGUCUUCUGCCUUCCAUCUGACAUCACAAGAACAUGAAGUUGUUACAUAAAACUUUCCUGGUCAGCAAGUGCCUGAGAUGCAGAUAGCAUACAAACUCAAUAACGAUGAUGACUGAGCCAAUUGUCCCUNUCUCAGAAGUAAAACAAAAACAGCAAGUCAAUGGCACCAAGUCACCCCUGAAAGACAGAAAACUAUGGAGUCUAGGAGAAUAUCGAGAAUCCAUUGCUCCCCAGCUCGUCUUAC